AUGGAUACAACUUACGGAGCAUGUUGUCGUAAAUUUAAAGAAAAGUACUGCAGGGACUGCACUAAAGGUACUCCUUGUUGUGGACAUAAUAAAUGCAACAUCUUCUGCUGUGGAUGUAGGUGUCGCAGAGAACCGAGUGGUAAAGAUUGUGUUGUAAAUCAAGGUGCAUGUGAGUGUUACAAGGAAAAGGGAAAACGUAGCGUACCAUUUCCCACUACCGACAUGUCAGCAUAUGUGACGUUUAUGGAUCUAGAUAUCAACAAGAAUGGAAUGAUGGAUCAGGUUGAGUUUACUUCAGCGUUGGAACAGAUGCAAAUAACAGACAACGUGACUGUGUUUCAUCACUGGUCAAUCAUGGACGAAGACAAAGAUGGAAUUAUAAGUCUCGAGGAAUUUGACAGAGAAAAAUUAUAG